AUGUUUCAGAGUAUUCCUAGACAAGAGCCCUUUAUAUCCGUUACGAGAACCCAAGAUGACAGGGGCUUGCUACCUGGUUAUGGAUUGCCGCUCGACUAUGCGCCAAUGGAGAAGAAUAUAUACGGUGUACACAAUAGGAGUCUCUUCCCAUCAGCUUUAGAUGACCGUGAUAUCCAGAAAGGAUAUGCAGAUCAGCCUCUACAAUCGUUACGUGAGUUUGGGAUGUUGAGGGUCAUGGAAAGCCUCACGGAUAUACCAGAUUGGCACAGAAAGAUUUUUCUUCCCGGGGUUGCCGAUUCAUGGAAAGACGAAGCCAUCAAGUGUGAUGUGGACAUCACACCCAACAUGGCAGACUGGAUCAUUGAUGAACUACAGUUCAAAGCAAUAGUUUAUGAACAUACCCAAUCGAUUUCUCUCUACAAUGGCGAUAUUACCAAAUCGGACCUUAAUGUGCCUGAAUCGUUUCGGUUGGAAAUCAAGGAGGCUAUCAAGGAGCUUGAGGAUGUUCCCCCAGAACUACAGUUCUUCAAUCCGGGCACAAACUACAAGCAGCGUGAUCUUGUUCCUAUUGGAUUCUGUCCUCUUGUAUACGGAAGAAGUCGCAUUCUAAAGGACAAGACCAUUGGACUGGAUGAUGCCCUCCAACACGCUGGUCAGGGAUUAGUCAUUCCUUGUCCACCAGAAACCGGAUUCACCAGAGAGGAUAUGGCGUGGCGUGUCGCCUCUCGAGCAGAUAUCGCCGUUAGGCCAUAUAGUAGGAAUUUCCAAAUACUGCCAUGUGAUUUGCGUUUGGGGGAGGACGAAAGGUGGCACAUCAGCAGCUAUAUCAACAAUCUGCAUCCGGUCAAACACCGAAACAUAUACAACCUUAUCGAGCAGCUAUUCAACCAUUUAAUACCCCAAUGGAAUUCAACCUUGACUCCACUAAAGGACAUGCUUCACUCCCGAGCUCGUAUCGAAUACAAGAAAGCCGAGUACCACCCACUCCCGAAAGACGUGGAGGAACGCACCCCGAAACCAAGAGAGGGCGAGGCGCAGAAUGAAUUCGAAGAUCGGCUGCUAGCAUGGAGAUUACAAAACUGGAAGGCAGUACAGCCUGAUGCUGGCAAGUUUCUUCCUUGGGCGGUGCCUCCUUGGAUGGUGUCCAAUCUACCGCCAGACCUGCCGACUCCGGUCCGGAUAGAACAGGGAGUUGAACUCAACAAGGACUAUGCAGAGCGCGGACUGCAACUUAUUAUUAGAAUCCUCAGUGCUGAGUUGACGCCCGAUGAUCCAAUCUUUGAGACUGACUGGCACGUCGAGGGCCAGCUGAACGAGCACAUCUGCGCAUCAGCAUUCUACACCUUCGACACAGAAAACAUCGAAGACAUCACCAUGGAAUUCCGCCACCUCGCCGAACUCGACUCCAUCACCGAAAUCGAGCACGACCCCGACGACUCCGUCUGGCUAAAACAAGUCUUCGGCCUCGACGCCGGCGACUCCCCCAACCAAAUCGUCGGCAAAAUCAAAUGCAAAAGCGGCCGAGUCGUCAUGUACCCCAGCACCGUCCAGCACCGCAUCAACCGUUUCAAUCUCGCCGACAAAGGUAAAGCGGGCUACACAAAGGCCAUCGCCAUGUUCCUCGUCGACCCGAAUAUCCGCAUCAUCUCUACGUCCAACAUUCCGCCACAGAGACUCGAUUGGGCCUUUGACGACUGUAAGAAGGAUGAAUUGGACGGGUUGAACUCGUCGUUGGAUCGGCUGUCGAUGAAUUUUCAGGAUAGGAGGGAAAAUCUGCCGUUUUCGAUGAAUGAGGCGAAACAGUACCAUGCGCAAAUUUUCAAGGAGCUUAUUGAGUUCACCAAGUAUCAGCAUGUGGCUUUUACGUCUAAUGUUAUUACUCUCUAG